GCAGCGUGUGAGAGACGUUGUACAAUGGACUAUCAUUGAUUUGUGCAGCACAAGCAGCAUUUUCUCUUAGAAAUAAGGACAUUGCCGGACGAAGUACAGAGCCACAUAAAUCAUUCAUCAGUGCUUCCUCUUCGACGCAAAAUCACAAUGACAUCAUCUCGUCCGCUCAUUUCUAACCUCACAAUGGACUGGAUUGAAAGCAUGGAGCGCUGGCAUCUUCAUCUGUUUUGCAUCCCCACUGCCGUCAUCUCUUUUGCCACAUUUAUAGCCAACCCUGUUCUGCUGGUCUGCAUUUUCCUGUCCCGUGCUUUGCGUAGGGAGACCCGCUACCUGUUGGUGGCCAACACCCUGAUCGCAGACAUGCUCUUCCUCAUCCUCAACCUGGUCACAUUGAUUGGUAAUGCUGUGAGAGCAGAGAUACCCUGGUUUGUUUGUGAGCUAUUCACAACUCUCCUUGUCACGGCCUACAGCUGUGCCAUCAUCACCGUGACACUCAUGGUGGUCGACACCUUUGCCGCCGUCCGCUGGCCUCUCCAGUACCAUAACCUUCUCUCGCCUGCCCAGACCAACUGCAUACUAGGGGUGGUUUGGUUGCUGUGCGCCAUUUAUCCGUUCACCUUAAUGAUGAUGAUGAAGGAAGAGCUUUCUAACGACAAUGUAACCGUGUGUUUGGCUCUCAUCUCCCUCGGUUUCUUUAAAGUCAAGAACAUAGGGGGGAUCGACAUGUACUUUCUUGUAGCAGCACUGAUCUGCACUUUUUUAAUUUUUUACUGCUACAUCCGGCUUUACAUGGUGACAAGGAUGCAGGGAAUUUGGCACAGCCGCUUCUCUAGGGCUCGGGUCACAGUGCUGGUCCAUGGGGUUCUGCUGCUGCUCUACUUUGCCCCUGGCUUUGUUUUUGCCCUAGAGAUCUACAUCUUUCAGAAGAAAAACGUAAGUCAGGAUCUUCGCGUGUGGAUCAGUACCGUCAAUGCUAAUUUUCUCAUGCUGCUUCCCAGAGCAUUUGCUCCUUACCUGUAUGGGCUAAGGUACCGAGAGAUUUCUGAAAGUCUCACACUUCUGCUACACCGUCACAGAAGAAACAGAGAAAACACAUUAUCAUAAAGACUCUUAGGAUCUGCCCACAUUUAAGACCUAUUACCACUAGGUUUGUAUUGGGGGCUAUCUAUUUUGUUUGAUAUAUUCAUUGACUGUACAUACAUAAUGCCAUCAGGGCUAGAUUUUUGUAAUUGGUUGCAUAAAGGUCUGUAUUUUACUAAAAAAAAUAAGUCUAACUUUUGUUUGUAAAUAUCAAAAGACACUUUUUGCAACAUUAAAGGUGCAGUAUGUAACUUUUAUAUAUAAAAGUGUUUUUCACAUAUCUUUUCAACCUCACUGUGUCCUGCCAGGAUAACAUGAGACAGAUAAUCUGUGAAAAAAAUAAAAAAAAUUAUAUUUUGCCUCCUCCCUGUGGUCCUACUGCCAUAUGAAGAAAUACACUGCUCCCAUUCAGAAACAACCAAUCAGAGCAAUGAGGAGAGUAGAUGGCAGAAGUAUGGUGAUAUGACGUUGACUGUACCAGGGGACAGAGGAGCUUGAUUUUUUCACAGAGGAUCUCCCUCUUAUUAUACUGUCAGAACAUUGUAAUAAUUGUAAAAACUUUUUAUAUAUAUUUAUAUGUAAAAACUUAUUUCUCAAAUAUAGAGUCACGAGUUGCAGUGCACCUACUGCAGCUUUCAAUGCUAACAGGAUCAGAUAAACUAAAUCUGAAAAAUUUUACUUGUGUUCUGAAAAUCAGGGUUGGGAUCUUGAUUGCUGCCCUGAUUUCCUUAUCCGUAAAAGUCCUGCACUGUACACACUUUUGUUUGAAAUUGUUUUUCAUUAGGAUUAAUAUGUUUUCAGUCCGUGCUGAAAUGUUAAAUCCAAAUGGAAAUUUUGUCAAUCUCAGGAAAUGUGUGGAUGUGAAAUGAUCAAAUGUUUUCACUGUCGAAAAAGCAGCUGACUUCUUAUUUCUCAAUUUUUUAGAUUACGGUUCAUGAAUCAAUAAUAUAGUUAAACACACAAAAACCAACUAGAUAUUUUUUAAACACAUAAUGCCAUGACUAAUGUACCCUUUCUUUUUAGUUAUAAGAAAAAACAUUCAAAAUAGUUGUCAGUUUGACAUUUUCCUUAGUUACUGACUUCCAGAAACAGCAAGCAGUGAAAAGCUGUUAUCUUGCUAGUUUUUAACUGCUCAAAUUCAAUUCAAAGAUACUUUCUAAAUCCCAGCAGAAAUUAAAUACAAUAAUAAUAAUAAUUGUUAUUAUUAUUAUUAUUAUUAUUAGUAUUAUUAUUAUUAUGUUGCAUUCUUACUGCUAUUAGAACUCUUACUCCAUCUUACUUUGGAUUAACUUGAAGUCCUAUUUACUAAAUGUGCCAUUUUCUUACAAUCUCACCAGUACAUUAUUUUGUUAUGAGGUUUUUCCUGGUUAAGUCUUCAAACUAUGGCUGGUGAAUUCUCUUUUAUGGUGACCAUGUUGCAAGUGUUGCACAUCUGGAUAGCUUGCAGUUUAUUUUGUGUGACGAGAGUAUUUCUAAUCACAUCGUGCAUAGUUAAUUUGCCUUAUUUUGUAUAAUUUCAAAUGAAAGUGUUCUUCUCGGGACUGCACUGUGAAACAGUUGUUAGCACUGUUGCUUUGCAGCAAGAACAUCCUGGGUUUGAUUACUAGUUGCAAUAUUUCUCCCUGAACAUGCAUGGUUUCUCUCAAGGUAUUUCAGCUUUCUCCCGCAGAUCAAAGGCAUACAUGUAAUUUUAGCUGACCACUCCAAAACUGAGGCCUGAGUGUGUGAGUAUAUGGAAGUUUAAUAUGUAUUUCCGUUGACCUGUGAUGCAAAUGUCAAGGCUAUAUGCUGCCCCUUGUCCUCUCACCAUUUAUUUGGAGACCUAAAUAACUCUGCAAAGAUAAAGACAGGACAGAGAACAAACAGAAAGGUGUUUAAUUUUCAAUGCUCUCUUCAGCGGCACUACAUUUAAAUGUCUUGUGAUCUGUAACCUUUUAUCGUCAGUUAAUUCUUUAUUUUGUCAUACUGUUGAAAGCGUUAUAAAUGAUUAUGACUCUUCUGUCAAAUUUUUCUGACACUCUUAAAGUAAAGGACAAUCCAUUUUAUUUAAGAAAUCUCUUAAUUAACAAUUGAAAAGUCAAUGUGUUAUAUGCUGGCUGAUAUAUAAUUUCCAACGAGGAUGCAACAUCGCUGCAGCCUGUAGUUAUUUGUUAUAUGGUGUAUUUUGUUAUUUAAAGAACUCAGUUUGAUUAAUAAGUAUUUCCUAUUUUGUGCCUGAGAGGUCUGAAAUUGCUAUAAAUGUUACACAAGCUGCUGCUAAGCUUGUUAAAUUUGUAUGUUUAUGUUUGGAGAUUUAACAAUUUUGCUAUGUAAAAUGUACUGCCUGAUGUUGUAUAAAAAGUCUUGUGGAACAUGUUGAUGGACUACAGUUUAUGACCAUACUAAAAAAAGCACUUCGC